UUAUUCAGUUUCGUGUUUUAAUCACUUCUCAUUAGUAUUAAAUACAAUCUAGGUGUUCUUGAAUGUAGAGCGAUUUCAAUUUGUAGUUGUAUAUAUGAUAAUAGAAUAAUUUACUUAGUUGAAUUUAGAUCUCACAUGUUGACCGAACUUCAAUCGAUAAGAAUAUCUUAAUUAAUCUCUAUAUUAUGGUCACAUGAAUAGAUAAUGGAAUUCGUAACAAAUUCUAGUGUUUUUGUUUUCAAUUUGUUAUCAUUUAUAAUACAAACUAUACACUUAAUUUAAUGGUAAAUGAAAAGAAGAAGAAGAAGACUAAAAUAGAUCCAAUUUCAUUGAACUCAAAUAAAAGAUGAUGCAUACGGUCAAGAUUUGUAUAUGUUAAAUAGAUGUUUAGAUGAUAUUGAAUGGUUUGAAAAGAAUUUUAGAAAAAGUUUUAGAUCUUCACCAGACGAACUUGACAAUAAACAUACUAUAAAUGUAAAACAAAAUAAUGAUGAACCGCCAGAUUCUACUGUAGCGAUCGAUUCUUUACAAAAAGUUAAAUAUGCAUUAAAUAUUAUUGAAAAGAUUCGUAAAUCAGUACCAUAUAUAUCAAAAGAAAUUUUUGUUUAUUUAAUAAGAAUUGUUCGUAAAGUUCAUACAGUUGCAAAAUCAAAACAAAUUACUAAUUACAAUUCUAAUAUUGUAGUUGAUGUAAUUGAACCGUUAUUGAAUGAAAAUACUAUUACGUCAAUAUUUAAAUUAUUAUCAGUUAAAACAAAAGAAUUAUGGUUAGAUCUUGGACCUGCAUGGAAUACACCAAGCUCAAAGUGGCCCAAUCCACUGAAUAUUUAUAUGCCAAUAUUUUAUCAUCCAUUGAAAAAAAGAUCUAGACAUAGAUCAAAUGAAGUGAUUAGUCGAAAUCCAGUAUUUAAUUCACGAAUAGUUCUGAAAGGAGCAUCAGAAAUCAAUGAUGAAUAUGAACCACGUUUUCAUGGUGGUUUGCGUUAUUUCCGCAUUGAUGAUAAAGAAUAUUUGGCCUAUCAACGAUUUCGAAAAAGAACUAAACAACAUGAUGAAUCUCUAGGUAAAUAUAUUACACGUGAUCCACAAUCAGUUCAUAGUUAUACUAAUAAUAAUAAUAUAAAUGGGAAUCAAGAUUAUGUGAUCAAGUUAUCUGAUCAUCAUAAAAAAAAUUGGACUUUGAACGAUUAG